GACGCCUACCAGCGCUAUCGAAGCCUCUCCGAAGGAAGCUCGGAGCUGGCCAUCUCAAAGGACGUGACAGGAGCCGUCGGGAGUGGAGGAGCCGGAGCAUCGGGUGCUGCCCAGGGCGGAAGCGGAGGAAGCGGGGCCGUCGUGGCUGCAGUUGGCGGCCUGGGUGGCCUGGGCAGCGGCAGUGGCUGGCGGCUGCGGAGCCAAGUGGUCUUCGGCCGCCUGGAAGCUUUCUCUGAGAGGGUCUCGGACAUCUUGGACUUUGUGAAAACCGUCCUGCAGUUCAACAAGCUGCAGAGAGUGGACAUUGGAGGCACCAAGGGCAAGGUGCUCUCCUCGUCCGUUCGAAAGGUGCAUGAGGAAUUUGAGAAGGCCGUUGGAGAUUUUCGUCAGGUGCCUUACGACAUCUUCGAUGUCAAGGAGACGGAUUUCAUACGGGACUUCCAUGCCUUCCGGCUCACCAUCCGUGAUCUGGACCGGCGCCUCGGCAGCGUCCUGGCCAGCGCCUUCCAGGAUCAGGACACCCUGCACGGCCGAGCGAAGCUCUUGGACGCCUUCGAGGGGCUGCUGGAGCGGCCCGUCUUGCAGGCGGAGCUCGUGCGGAAACAGCAGGUGCUGAUUGGCCAGUACAAGCGGGAUGUGGAGGAGUUGGAGGCCAGCUUCGUGGCAAAUGUGGACCGUGUGGAAGGCUUCGAAGCAGACGCGCCGCUGUUCUACAACUUGCCGCCGGUGGCCGGGGCUUUGUCCUGGGCACGCAGCCUCCGGAUGCGCCUUCAGGACCCGAUGCCCAAGAUCCUGGCCUGCAACGAACUCUUGCCGCGUGGCGAGGUUCCUUCGAGCUUCAAAGAGCUGGAGGCCUUGCACGCCAGGACCUUGCAGACCUUGGACUCCUUCGAGAUGCGGCGCUACUCCGACUGGAAGGGUGAGGUGGCAGAGGCCGCCAAGCGGCUCCACCUCCGACUGCUCCGCAGACACGACAGGACCGGGCUCCUGAAGGUGAACUUCGACCCUGCCCUGGUCCGCUUGUUGCGGGAGGUCCGGUUCUUCUUGAUCUUCGGCCUGGAGGUGCCGGAAGAGGCCUUGACUAUUUACAGCAUGGUGGACGUCUACCGCAGGUGGACAAGCCAGCUCGACCACAUCGUGGAGCUGUACAACUCGGUGCUCACGGACCUGUUGCCCGUGGAGGAGCCCUUGCUGGAGGAUCGGAUCGUGAAGAUGGACAACGCCCUGGCCCCGGGCCUCACGGAGCUGAAGUGGUCCCGGGAGGCCGAGGUGCCCGACUUCAUCGCCGUGGCCAUGAAAGUGGUGAGCGACGUCUCGGCCAUCGUCGACAUCAUGAAGGGCAAUCUACGCAAGAUUUCGGGCAUCCUGUCCCAGUGGUGCAAGGAGUCGAUGCUGGAGAGGAAGCGUGGGGCGAAGCCGGUGUCCGUUGAGGAAUUCGAGCAGAACCACAAGGCCCGCGUGGGAGUGCGGCUGAUGAACAUGACAGACGGUGGCAAGGAGAUUCACCGUUAUGUAAAGGACUCGAGCGAAUCCUUGAAAAUCUCCAAGUCUGCCCAGACCUGGAAGGCCUAUGUGGAUUUCGUGAACAACGUCGUCAUCGAGGGCUUCGUCUCCGCCAUCGCCGUCUCCCUUCAGUACCUCUGCGAGAUCUUGGAUCCCUUGAUCAUCACCCGGCACGAGAUGCUGCCCCUUUUCGAUGUGAAAAUCGAACUGCAGGGUGAAGAGAUCGUGUUCGACCCACCCUUCGAGGACGAGGAUCUGCCCGGCCGCACGACACUUCGGAGCACCAUCGACGGCUGGCUCAAGGACUUCUUCGCCAUGGCCACCGUCAUGGUCCGCCUGGACUCCAAUAUGGGCGACUAUCUGAACGAGAUCAAGGAGCACUUCCAGAUGCAGUGCCUGCUCUCCAUGGUCUCCGAGCUGAUUGACAACACGGAGACCAAGUGCUUGGAGUACCGGGAGAACUUCAUGACACACUCCUUCCUUUGGACCGACAGCGUCGAGAAGACUUUCGACCGGUUCCUGCAAGAGCAGCCGAAGGAGCUGGUCGACUUCUCCGAAGGUGGCAUGACUUUCCGGGAGAUCAUGCAGCGCAUCAAGGUAGACCUGGGCCCGCCGAUUCCAUCCCUGGAGCGCUUUGAGAAGGAGGUCACACGCUUCGAGCACCUGAAGCAGGAGCUGUCGAUGAAGAAGACCCCUACUGAUAUCCAUUGGCUCCGCAUCGACGCGCAGCCCGUGAAGGUGACCUUGGUGAAUUGCGCUCGGAAGUGGGAAGAGAAGUUCACCGGCUUCUUACGUGGUUUUGUGGAGGACCGCAUUGCCUCGCUCAGCGCCUUCAUCGACUCGGUGAGGACUGGCCUGGGGCCGCCCUCGGCUGCCGAGAACCCUGAGGACGAGCGACUGCUCUACCAGACGAUGACGAAAAUCCGGGAUGUGAAGCUGGCACGUGGCGCCAUGCAGAGGUUAUUCCACCCCCUUCGCGAGCAGGUGCAGAUGUUGAAGAAGCACGCUCGUGCUCCCAUCUCAGAGGAGCGAUGGAACAAUCUGGAACAAGCGCCAGCACACUGGGCCGAGGUCGACCGGGCUGCAUUCAACGAGAAGGAGAAGAUCUUGCCCUUGCAAAACCAGGAGAUGCAGAAGAUCCGCGUGAAGAUCGAGGGCUUCCGGGAGGACGUGCGGAACUUCCGGUUCGAGUUUCUUGAGCGCUGUCCUUUUGGAAGUGAGCAUGCCGUCACUGGCUCUUAUGACAAGAGUUAUGCCAUCAUCAACGAGUACUAUGGCAAGACGAUGGAGAUCCAAGCUCGCGCCGAGCAGUUCAACGAUCUGGAGCUCCUCUUCGACAUGGCCAUGUCCGAUUACCGGCCCUUGAACGAUUGCUUGAACAACCUGAUCCUCUUGAAGAACCUCUGGGACUUGAUCGUCUUGGUGCGCGAGACCUUCUCGGCCUGGUACUCCGUGCCCUGGGAGAAGAUCGACACGGGGCAGAUGCUGGUCACCGUGCGCGAGCUCGCGCAGCAGGUUCGAAGUGCGCAGAAAGGGCUCCGAGCCUGGCCUCUCUACGCUUGGAUCCAGGACGAGGUUAAGAAUAUGUCAGCAGCGCUGCCGCUGGUCAACGAGCUUCACUCGGACACCAUGCGCGACCGACACUGGGCCUUGCUGAUGGCCGUUACCAAAAAGACCUUCGAGAAGGGGCCAGAGUUCAGCUUCCGGCACCUUUUGGAGUUGGAGCUGCACCACUUCUCGUCUGAUGUUUACGACAUUGUGGACCAAAGUGUCAAGGAAGCCAAAAUCGAGGGGAAGUUGGAUGGCAUCCGCAAAACUUGGUCCAAGAUGAGCGUGGAUUUCGACAACGGCCGCGAGGAUUGUCCUUUGCUUGCAGACCUCUCGGAGGUGCUGGAGCGCUUGGAGUCGGACUCCUUAGAGAUGCUCUCCAUGGCCUCGCAGGGCCGGUUCAUCGAGUUCUGCAAGCCCACAGUGGACGAGUGGAGCGAGAAGCUUCAAACGGUCGAUGCGGUCCUGCAGGUCUGGCGGAAAUUCCAAGUGAACUGGUGCCGCCUGGAGCCCAUCUUCAUGCAAAGCGACGACAUUCGGUCGCAGCUCCCGGAUGACUCAAAGCGGUUUGAGCUCUUGGACAAUAGCUGGAAGGAUUUGAUGAUGGAGGCUUCCAGGUCGUCUCUGAUUGUGGAGAUCUGCAUGGCCGAGGGCCGCGCGCAGACCUUGGCCGACAUCAGCGACGCCCUGGACGCCUGCGAGCGCUCCCUGAACGAUUACCUCGAGCAGAAGAAGAAGUACUUUCCGCGGUUCUACUUCGUCGCAAACGGGGCCUUGCUGGACAUCCUCUCCAAUGGCAACAAGCCCUUGAAGGUGGCCGAAUACUUGGGCGACGUCUUUGAUGGGAUCCGCACCCUGGACUUCUCGAAAGACCCGCAGUUCGGCCGCAUCGCCUGCGGCCAUCGGGCCAAAGACGGCGAGUUCGUGGCCUGGCCGUCCGAGACUGGCCCCUUCCAGCUGGAGGGCCCCGUGGAGCAGUACCUGUCGGGCCUCGAGGCCCACGUCCGUCUGGCUCUUCGAGAGAUCUUGGAGCAGGCUCGGACCUCUGCAGAAAGCUGGGAGGUGGGAGACAGGCCUCGUGAGACGUGGCUAGACGAAUACUGUGCCCAGCUGAGCCUCUUGGCCACCCAGAUCAUUUGGACGGAGGAGACGGCACGUGCCUUUGAGGAUAUGGAGGCAGGCAGCGAGACGGCCAUGCGGGACUACAAGCGGGUGAACGAUGAUCGGAUUGACAAGCUUAUUAGACGCGUGCAGAAAGAAUCCGACAAGGAACUGCGCACAAAGGUCAUCACCAUCAUUACCAUAGACGUCCAUUCCAGAGACGUUAUUGAAUCAUUUGUGCUGCAGAAAGUGAACGAAGCAAAUGACUUCAGGUGGGGAUCUCAACUGCGUUUCUACUGGCAGAUGUGCCCUCCAGGGCUGAACCUGGUGUCGUUCACUCCAGCACAGCAGAAGACUUGCUUGAUCCGGAUCUGCGACUGGGCCACCUGCUACUCCUACGAGUAUGUGGGCAACGUCGGGAGGCUGGUCAUCACCCCUCUCACGGACCGUUGUUACAUCACUCUGACGCAGGCCCUGAACCUCUGCCUCGGAGGUGCUCCAGCAGGCCCUGCAGGAACCGGCAAGACGGAGACCACAAAGGAUCUCUCAAGAGCCCUGGGCCUGCCCAUUGUCGUGUUCAACUGCAGUGACCAGAUGACCUACCAGACCACGGCGCAGAUUUUCAUGGGCCUUGCCCAGGUUGGCGCCUGGGGCUGCUUCGAUGAGUUCAACCGGAUCUCCAUCGAGGUGUUGUCGGUGGUUUCUACACAGUACAAGUCUGUCUUGGACGCUAUCCGUGCUAACAGCAAGACCUUCCUCUUCGUGGAUGAGGAGCUGCGCCUGAUCAAGACCUGCGGCGCCUUCAUCACCAUGAAUCCUGGUUAUGCUGGCCGCACUGAGCUGCCUGAAAACCUCAAGGCGCUGUUCCGGUCAGUGGCGAUGAUAGUUCCGAACCUGAAAUUCAUUUGCGAGAACAUGCUCAUGUCCGAGGGCUUCACGAUCGCGCGGCUUUUGGCGCACAAGUUCGUCACGCUCUAUUCCCUCUCGAAGGAGCUGCUGUCGAAGCAGAUGCACUACGACUGGGGCUUGCGAGCAGUGAAAUCCUUGCUUCGUCAGGCGGGGUCUUUGAAGGGCAAGGAGCCAGACAACGACGAGAACGUGGUCCUUUGCAGGGCCCUGCGUGACUUCAACCUGCCAAAGAUCACUACGCAGGACAUGCCCAUCUUCCAGCGUCUCAUACAGGACUUGUUCCCAGGCGUCAAGGCGAAGCCUUUUCUGGAUCCAAAGUUCAGGAAGGUCUGCGAGGACACGGUGAAGGCCCGCGGGCUCCAGCCGGAUCCAGGUUUCUUGGACAAGGUGGUGGAUUUCCUGGACAUCCUGAAGGUUCGUCAUUGCUGCUUCAUUAUCGGGCCCACGGGUGCGGGGAAGACGGAGAUCUGGCGAUCCUUGGAAAUGGCACUGAUCGCCAUCGGUGAGGACUGCAAAUGGGAGCAGGUGAAUCCCAAAGCCAUCACCGCCGACGAACUCUAUGGAACCAUCGAGAAGGGGGAAUGGAAGGACGGAGCGGUCUCCGUGAUCAUGCGGAACAUGAGCAAGGAGAUGAAUGGCUACAAGGCAAGCCACCUGCACAAGUGGGUAGUGCUGGACGGCGACAUCGAUGCCACCUGGAUCGAGUCCAUGAACACCGUCAUGGACGACAACAAGGUGCUGACCUUGGUGAGCAACGAGCGGAUCCCUUUCACGCAGACCAUGCGGAUGCUCCUGGAGAUCCAGGACAUGAAGCAUGCGAGCCCGGCGACCGUGUCUCGGGGCGGCGUCCUGUACAUCAACGAGAGCGAUGUGGGCUGGAAGCCUUUUGUGGAGAGUUGGCGAGAGCAGAUGGAUCCGGUGGCCCAGAGCACCUUCUACAUGCUCUUCACGCACCAGUUUGAGGCGAACAUCGAGCAGCUUCGGAGAAACUUCGAGUUCACGUGCCCUAUCCUGGACAUGGGCUUUGUGCAAACGGUCACCUGCCUGCUGGAUGCUCUUUUGAUGAUGGGGGCUGGAGCUGCUGGGGCUGGAGGCACUUUGGGCAAGGACGGAGAAGGCAAGAACACGACGUUGGAGCUUUUGCGGACCAUGCCGACCGAGGAACAGAAGCUGUGCUACGAGAGUUUCUUCACUUUCGCCCUGAUGUGGACCCUGGGUGGCGCGGUUGCCGACGACAAGAUCGUGAACCACCGCCGCGCAUUCAACGCCACCCUCAGGUCCAUGGCGCGGGGGGUCAAGCUGCCGGAGUUCGGAGAGUGCUUCGACUUCCGCUUCGAUGUGACGGCCAAGGAUUGGGUUCACUGGGAGACGAGCGUGAAGAAGUACGAGCCUGUCACUGAAGUGCUUUACCAGAACAUCAUUAUCAGUAAUGUCGAGCUUGAGCGCAUGAAGCACCUCCUGGACCUCCACGUCAAGCGGCAGAAGCCCAUGUUGCUGGUGGGUGUCGCAGGAACGGGCAAGACCACCAUAGUCAAGGACUACCUAGCGGAGGUGAAAGUGAACAGCGAGAUGAACUCGGCCUCCAUCAAUCUGAACAGCUACACCACCUCGGCGGCACUCCAGGGCAUCAUCGUCGGCUGCCUGGAGAAGCGCUCCGGGCACACCUUCGGCCCGCCGGGGCACCGUCGUUGCAUCCUCUUCGUGGACGACCUGAACAUGCCCUACGUUGACAACUACGACACGCAGAGCGCCAUCAUGUUGCUCACCCAGGUGCUGUCCUACGGGCAAGUCUAUGACCGGGAGCGGCUGGACGAGAAGAAGACCAUCGUGGACCUGCUGUUCACUGCUUGCAUGAAUCCCAAGGCAGGGAGCUUCAUGAUCAACGGACGACUGCAGCGGCGCUUCACUGUGGCCACCACCUACGCCCCCGGCAUCCAGGUGAUCUCGGGAAUCUACACGAAGGUCUUGGGCCGACACCUGGAGGCCUUUGGGCAGCAGACGCAGCGCACCACGGAGCCCAUCGUGAACGCCACCGCCGAGGUCCUGGCCUCCAUCCAGAACUCGGCUUCCUUCCUGCCCUCCGCUGAGAAGUUCCACUACCAGUUCAACCUGAAGGACAUCUCCAACCUCUUCCAGGGGUUGCUGAGCACGAACAGCUCGGUCUUCCGCGACACGGGCGGUCCGACAAGAUUCUUGAGGGUCUGGCUGCAUGAGUGCCAUCGCGUUUUCUCCGAUCGCCUCGUUUUGGAGUCGGAUGCCAAGGAGCUGCAGGUCAUGAUCGAGAAGGCUGUGUCGAAGUGCUUCGUUGGCGUUGGAGCGGCCUCAAACCGCGAAGAGCUCUUCCAGCAGCCGCUCUGUUGCACCUCCUUCGUCUCCGAGGCAUCCGGGGAGCAGCAGUACCUUCCGGCACGGGACCUACAGCAGAUCCGGCAAGCAGUGGAGGCUAAGCUCGCAGCCUACAACACGGAGCAUGCGACGAUGAACUUGGUGCUCUUCGACGAUGCCGUGCUUCACGUUUGUCGCAUCUGCCGCAUCACCGCGAACCCCUGCGGCAGUGCGCUGUUGGUGGGUGUGGGAGGGAGCGGCAAGCAGUCCCUGGCGCGCCUCGCCAGCUUCAUCAACGGCCAGGAAGUGUUGAGCAUCCUCGUGAACCAACAAUAUGGUUUGCCGGAGCUCAAGACGGACCUCCAGGCCUUCUACAAGAAGGCCGCGGUGAAGCCAGCAACUCCACAGGCAUUUCUGUUGACAGACAGCCAGAUUACGGAUGAGCGGUUCUUGGUUUUCAUCAAUGAUAUGCUCUCGAGUGGCAACAUCCCCGAUCUUUUUGCUCGCGAGGAAUACGACAACAUCUUCUCUGCCGUUCGGAAUGCUGCAAAGUUUGCAGGCUAUCUGGAUGACCGGGAGUCCCUCUUCCAGUUCUUCCUGGACAAAGUUCGCUCGAACUUGCAUUUGGUGCUCUGCCACUCCCCGGUGGGCUCCACCUUUCGGAUCCGGGGUCGCAAGUUCCCAGCCCUGAUCAGCUGCAUGGUGCUGGACGUCUUCCAUGCCUGGCCUCGCGACGCGCUCGUCGGCGUGGCCGACCGCUUCCUGCUGAAACUCCGCCAGCGGAACAUCGAGAACGAGGAAACCUUGCAAGCCAUCUCCCACCACGCCGCUGAAGUUCACAUCUCCAUCUACCAGGCCAACCGGCGAUACCUGGAAGAGGAGCGGCGCUUCAACUCCACGACUCCCAAAGCCUUCCUGGAGUUCAUCGGCUUCUAUGUCCGGAUGUUGACGUCCAAGCAAGCCAGCGUGGAGCUCAACGUCUCGAGACUCGAGCGGGGCCUGGCCAUCAUGCGCGACGUUCAAGACGGCGUGGCGGACCUGAAGCAGGAUCUGGAGAUGACCCUCAGACAGGUCGACGAGAAGAAGGUGGCCACGGAGGAGCUCAUCAAGCAGGUGACCGCAGCAUCUCAAGUGGCGGCGGUGGAGAAGGAGGCAGCACGACUGGAGCACGGCAAGUGCGAGGCUCUGGCUGCCGAGGCCAUGCGCAUGAAGGACCAGGCGGAUCAGGAGCUCGUGGAGGCUCUGCCGGCCAUGGAGAAGGCCAAGGCGGCAGUGGACUGCCUCGACAAGACCUCCAUCCAAGAGCUGAAAGCUCUUGGCAAGCCUCCACGCGAGUGCGUCGAUGUGGUGGCCGCCUGUGGCUUCUUGCUGAAACAGGAAAAGCGAAAGUUGGAUUGGAAAGGCUGCCAGAAAAUGAUGCAGUCUCCACAGCAGUUCAUUGAUGAUGUGAAGGUGUUCAAUGCCGAGAACAUCCCAGAGCAGGUCCUUGCAAACACCGAUGCCUUGAUCGGAGCUGACUACUUCAACUUCGAGUCGAUGAAAAACAAGAGCGUCGCAGCUGCCUACCUCACCAACUGGGUGGUGAACAUCGUGACUUACAACAAGAUCUACACGAAGGUGGCACCUCUGAUGGAGAAGGUGAAAGUGGCCCAGGCCACCACAGAUGCUGCCAAGCUGCAGCUGCGGGAGGUCGAGAAGAGGGUUGAGGCAGUGGAGGCCAGUUGCGCCCAGCUCGACAAGCAGCUCAGCGACGCGACCUCCGAACGGGAGAGGAUGGAACGGCAGGCCGAGAGCUGCGUGCAGCGGCUGAGCACAGCGGAGCGGCUGGUCUCCGGUUUGGCCGACGAGAACGAGCGUUGGGCCACGACUGUAGUGGAUCUCCGAGAUCUCGGCUUGCGGCUCAUAGGCAACUGCAUGCUGGCCAGCGCCUUCGUCGGCUACGCCUCGCCCUUUUCGGCAAGGCUGCGGCAGGACCUCUGGCAGCAGGCUUGGAGCCAGGACCUGAAGCAACGGGAGAUCCCCAUGACCCAGAACAUCGACCCGCUGGCUGUGCUGGCCACGGAUGCCGACGUGGCAGGCUGGAUGAACGAGGGGCUGCCAGCAGAUCGCGUGUCGGUGGAGAACGCCUCGGUGGUGACCUGCUGCUCGCGCUGGCCGCUGCUGGUGGAUCCUCAGCAGCAGGGAGCACGAUGGAUCAAGCAGCGUGUGGGCGAGGAGCUCUCGGUGAUCCAGCUCUCCAUGUUCAAGUGGCUGGAGAGGGUUGUCGGCUGCGUGCAGACCGGGGGCCAGCUCCUCAUCGAGGCACUGGCUGAUGAGAUUGAUGCCGUCCUGGAACCUCUCUUGUCCAGAGCAGUCAUCCAGCGGGGAAAGCAAGGCCAAGGCCCCAUGUUCCUGAAGCUUGGCCCGGAUGAGAUCGAAUACGACCCGAAGUUCCAGCUGUACCUUCAGUCCAAGCUGCCGAACCCUCACUUCCGCCCCGAGGUCUCUGCGCAGUGUACGGUGGUGAAUUUCAUUGUCACUCCCGAGGGCCUCGAGGAGCAAGUCUUGGCCAUGGUGGUGAAUUGCGAGAAGCCCCAGCUCGAGGAGGAGAAGCAGACGCUGGUUCGACGGCAGAACGAGUACAAGGUGGUGCUGAGCAGGCUGGAGGACGAGCUGCUGUCCCAGCUCUCUGCUGCGGAUCCGACGACCAUCCUGGACAACUUGCCUCUCAUCGAGGGCCUGGAGAAGACGAAGCAGACAAGUCGCGAGAUUGGCCUGCAAGUGGCGGAAGCACAAAAAACGGAGGUUGAGAUCAAUCACUCCAGAGAGCUCUACCGGCCAGUGGCGGCGGAAGGUUCUAUGCUCUUCUUCUUAAUCAACCAGCUCUGCGUGGUGCAGCACAUGUACCAGUACUCCCUCGACGCUUUCAACACCUUCCUGCAGAAGGCCAUCGACCGCACCCAGGGCUCGGAGGAGGUCUCGGAGCGCACGGAGCUUUUGAUCGCCUCGGCACGGCUCACGGUCUUCCGCUGGGUGAACCGGGGCCUCUUCGAAGAUCACAAGCUCAUCUUCUGCACCAUGCUCGCCUUCCGGCUCCUCUCCUUGAGGCAGCUCCAGGAGGACUUCGUCGCGAGCCACUUCGGCUUCCUUCUCCGGGCGCCCUCGGUGCCCGUCUACGAGAACCCUCUCAGCGACUGGCUCCCGAACAAAUCCUGGGCCAUGGUCCUGAAGCUGGUGGAGCUCGAGGGCUUUGAGAACUUCGCGCAGAACAUGGAGCGCGAUGCUCCAAACCGCUUCCGCGAUUGGAUGGCCGAAGCCGCCCCGGAGGAUGCCAAGCUGCCUCUGGAUUGGAAGACGCUGGACGCAAAAUACUUUCGGAAGUUGCUGGUGAUCCGCUGUCUUCGACCGGACCGUAUGUCCAUCGCACUGGCCAAGUGGAUAAGGCAGAGCCUUCCAAGCGGCAGAGAUUACAUCGACUGCGACGCAUCGCUGUCUUUCUACAAGGUGCUCCAGUCGUCUUACGAGGACUCCACCAGCAACACACCCUUCUUCUUCAUUCUGUCGCCGGGGGCGGAUCCCGUCAAAGAGGUGGAAGCCUUGGGCAAGGUCCUGAUUGGCUUGCAGGCCAACGUGAACUACCACAAUGUCGCCAUGGGGCAGGGCCAGGAUGAGAUCGCCAUGCAAAAGCUGGAGUUAGGAUCCAAAGAGGGCCACUGGGUCAUGCUCCAGAAUAUCCACUUGAUGCCCUCAUGGUGUGCCACGCUGGAGAAGAGGUUGGAUGCCUUCGCGGUGGAGAACAGCAGCCCCUACUUCCGGCUCUUUCUCUCCGCAGACCCCUCUUUGGGUAUCCCCAUUGGCCUGCUGGAACGGUCCAUCAAGCUCACCAACGAACCGCCCCAGGGCCUCCAGGCCAACCUCAGGCGCUCCUUCGCGCUUUUCAACCGGGAGGAGUUCGACGAGAGGGACAGCAAGAUCAAGUCAAUCUUGUUUGCCUUGUGCCACUUUCACUCCUUGAUGUUGGAGCGGAAGAAGUUUGGGGCUUUGGGCUACAACAUGAAGUACCCGUUCUCGAACGGCGAUCUUCGUGACUCGGCCUCCGUUCUCUACAACUACUUGGAGGGCUCCACGGCGGUGAAGAUCCCCUGGGAGGACCUGAGAUAUAUCUUUGGGGAGAUCAUGUACGGAGGGCACAUUGUUGACGACUGGGACCGCAGGAUGUGCCAGAAGUAUCUGACGUAUUUCAUGCAGGACGAGAUCUUGGACGAGAUGGAGCUCGUUCCCUAUGCUGAUGGGCAGCUAAGCUGGAAGUCUCCCGGCCCCGGAACGCAUGAGAAAUACCUGGAGCAUAUCGAGACGAUGCCGGCGGAGUCGCCCUUGUUCUUUGGGAUGCACCCCAACGCAGAGAUCGACUUCCGCACGAAGAUGUGUGAGACCAUCUUCGAGCUCUUGCAGCUGAUUCAGCCCAAGCGUAGCCCGGGAGAGGCUGCCGAGGAGCAGUCGCCCAUGGCUGCUGCCGAAGAGAUGUGCAGCGAGAUUUUGGAUGAGGUUCGAGAGGUUCGUUUCAACGUCGAGGAGAUUUCUGCGCAGCUGAGUGAGGAGGAGCGAGGGCCGUACCAGUUCGUGAUGAUGCAGGAGUGCGAUUGCAUGAACUGUCUGGUUCAGGAGAUGGUGCGGGGGCUCAACGAGCUGCAGCAAGGAUUCAAAGGAGAGCUGACCAUGAGCGAACACAUGGAGCAGUUAGCGGAGGCCUUGUCGGAGCAGAUCUUGCCAGUCUGGUGGGUGAAGCUGGGCUUCCCCUCCACGCGGCCUCUCAGGUCCUGGCUGGUGAACCUCAAGGACCGCUGUGCACAGCUGGAGGAGUGGUCUGCAGAGCCCAUCCACAUCCCCAAGGUGGUGGACGUCUCGAGGCUCUUCAACCCUCAGAGCUUCCUCACCGCCAUCAAGCAAGUCUGCUGCCAGAGCGUGAACCUGGAGCUGGACCGCUUGCACGUCUUCACCGAGGUCACAAAGCGUUUGGACCCAAAGAUGGUCGACAGCCUGGCGCGCGAAGGGGCCUAUGUCACGGGAAUGUACCUCGAGGGUGCUCGCUGGGAUGCGAACGCCAACUGCUUGGAGGAUUCGCGACCGAAGGACAUGUUCACACGGCUGCCAGUGAUCAAUUGCAAGGCCGGCUUGCAACAGGAGAAGGAAGACAAGAACAUGUACCUGUGCCCCACGUACUGUGUGCCGACACGCAGGCCGCACUUCGUCUUCGUGGCCCAGCUGAGAACCAAACAACCUGCCGCCAAGUGGGUCCUGGCGGGCGUAGCGAUCAUCCUCGACAUCGGCCAGACGCCCAGCUGGGAGCUGGCGGGAGCGGGGCGGGAGCGGGGCGGGAGCGGCGCGGGAGCGGGGCGGGAGCCCAAGCUGGUGCAGUUUUUGUGCCAGGAAGCUAGCGCCGCCUUGGCCGCUUUGGCCGCGCUGCCCAGCGACGGCAGCCUCGCACACAGACACUGA